UACUGACUAGUGAAUAGUGACAAGUGACACACUUAAACGAAUUGGUACUCAGUUACUCACCGGAUUGACGUUAUAUCGUAUACGCAAAAUCGUGAGCUCGAAGUAACAUCUUACAUCUAGUUAUAUUGCGAUUCUUAAAGCCAAAGUAUUUUCAUAAUAAAUAUAUCAAACGAGCUGUAAAAAAAUACUUCUAAGAGGUUUAGCGCAAAAUUCCAUCACGAAUCUUUUAAGAUUAUUUGCUACUAUGGUGCAGAAAGGUCCUCGUCCCUUGGUUCUUUGUGGACCCUCCGGCUCAGGGAAAAGUACAUUGCUGAAGCGGCUUUUAAACGAUUUUCCUGACAAGUUCGGAUUUGGUGUAUCUCAUACCACAAGAGGCCCUCGUCCUGGCGAAAAAGAUGGUGUUCAUUAUCACUUUACUAAUAAAAGUGACAUGAUUGCAGCAAUUGAAAAAGGCGAAUUUAUAGAAACUGCAACAUUUAGCGGAAAUAUGUAUGGGACAAGCAAGAGAGCAGUAGAAGAUGUCCGAUGCACUGGCAAGACAUGCAUUUUAGACAUAGAAAUAGAGGGUGUAAAGCAGAUUAAGCAGACGGAUUUAGACCCACUACUGGUGUUUGUGAUGCCACCAUCCAUUGAACAGCUUGAGAAACGUCUACGAGCUCGUAACACAGAACAGGAGGAUGCAUUAAAGAAAAGAUUGGAAACGGCAAGUCGUGAGAUUUUAUAUGGUCAAGAACCCGGUAAUUUCCAUAUAAUCAUUGUCAAUGAUAACUUAGACAAGGCGUAUUCUGAGUUACAUGAUUUUGUGUCCCAAAACUUACAAAGUAGUGAACCAGAAAAGAAUGAUACCAAGGAAUAAACUGCAUGAAAUAAUGAACUAACCUGGUCUGCAACCUUGCCAUUUAUCCUGACUUUACUUAAUACUCUAGAUUUUUUAAUUAAAAUCAUUUAUAUAACAAAGCCAAGUAGUACUGGAAAUAUAUUAAUAUUCUUUUUAAACCAUAGCUUUAGAUUAUAAGUGAAUUCAAUAUUUGGACAAGUUCCAAAUCCAGUGCAUAAAAUUAUUUUAUUAUAAACAAAAAGUAAAAAUAAAAUUGGGUAAAUAAUUACGGGUAAUUCUAACAUACCCACCAUAUGUCUGGGAGUUAAUAGUAUAUAAUUCCUUUCUGUUUCCAACAAUAAAGCAAUUUUAAGCUAAAUAUUUUAAUUAAAUUUCAAACAGAAUAUAUAAAAUAGCUGGAACACCUGGAAUGUGAUAUUUGGAGUUUGCAAAUUUAAAUCCCGUCUUGUAAAUGAUUUUUUCAUUCCAUAAUCUACUAUUUGAAUUUUAAUUAAGUAUGUAAUUUCAAUUAAUUUGUAUAUUUUGUUAUGAACACUGUAUUAACAUAUUUAACUAAUCCGCAAUACAUUAUGUUAGUAAAUAUUCAAUUUAGUAUAUGUUAUUUGAAUAUUAAUUGAAGUAAAAAAAAUGUGUACCAAUAAUUUUACAAGCUUUUAUGUUGUAAAGAAUGUAUAACACAGGUAUAUCCACGAAUGUGAAUAAUUUCAAAUAUAUAGUAAUGAAGUCGUUUUUGAAAAUUAUGUGAGGAAAGGCAACCAUGAGGUGGAACAAUAUUGCUGGUAUUAUAUGACUGCUAAUAUAGCAUUUAAAUUUUCCUAAUAAGGCCCCAUAUUAUACAAUAGUUGUUUAGAAUUUUAUAGUACAAACUCGAAUGCCUUACAUUGUUUGGCUUUGUAUUUAUUAUUGUAUAGAAUAUAAAUGUUUAAAUACAUAAUUUCAAAUAUCUGAAUAUUUGCAAGUCUGGUCAUUGAAGAUUGUAAAAAUAUUUUUUUAUAAUAUCCACAAUCAAAAACACAUGUAUAUGUACUUAAAAUAAUAACCUAAAAAAUAAUCUGUGUAUAGUAUAUGUUAAUACUAACCUUUUUUUUACAAGACACUGCCAGUUAAAAUAUUGUAUACACGUAAAAUUCCCGACUUAAAUAAAUACUUAUGAAUGAUUAUUUUAUAUUUACUUGAAAGGGUUGCUCUAACUGGUGUACUUUUUUUUUUUGACAAACAUUAGCUGAAGAUAUUAUAUACUGUAGGAUUUCUUGUGUAAUUAUAAAAUGCUAAAUUGUUAUUUAGUGUAAGAGAAGCUAAUUUCUGCAACUUAAUGUAGUAGCUGUCUAUUGUGCGUGUGUGGUUUCUAAUUGCUCUCGCUACUGAAACUUUUUGAAGGCGAUUAAAUUCUCGAUUCACUAUUUGUAUUCCUGUACAGAGACAACUCUGUGUUCUGAUAUACUUUGUCGUGUAAGAGAACAAUCAAUACUGUGUAAGUUAAUAAUGAUUUUGCCUCUAUUUCUUCUGCCUCCAUCCGUGCUCUCCAGGGUGAUGUUUAUAAAAGCAACUAACUCCUUAACUACAGAUACAAACACAUUGUCUCACUAUUAUCUAUCCCCUCACCCAAUCCGCUUACGGUUGCUUCGUUGCUUGAGUAGCUAUCGAUGUUAUGGUAUUAGAGUAUUUCGAUAGUAAUCUUUCUCAUCUUUUGCCGUUGACCCACUAACUGGAUACAAUAACCAGUAUCCAAAAAAAAGGGGGACUGUUGAGACCCAACAAUCAUGCGAUUUCCAUUAUCGUUCUCAUCUGCCUAGAUUACUAAAGCAGGUGAGGGCUUGCAGCAGUCUAUCAGAUUUUUAAGCUAGCCUUGGAACCAAGCAGAAGUCACUAAUUUCAUGAGAAAAUAUGAGUAAGGUCUGCGUGUGUGUAUCUGUCACAGUACUUUCAUUUGUACGUAGUAAUAGAGCACAUGUUGUCAAGGACGUUUCUGUUAAGAUUGUUGUUGUCUUAUAAGGGUAGUUUCGUGUCAAAAACUUAAAAAUAAAUAUUAACAAUAGUAGAAA